ACCAACACAAACUUCAGAGCUCGAAGCGCCGCUGCGAAGAAAACAUGCAGGUUAUGUAUAUUAGCCAAUAAAGGACGUAUGCACCGGGCACGAACAUGGAGGUGGCUGUUAAAGGAAAGGCCAAAAGGAGGCACCUAAAUGUAGAGGAGUGUGACGAACUGGGACACAGUGCAGGAGCCACAGACGUCCUCACCCGACCCCACACCUCUAACCAGGGCCGAGGCAACCGUGACCCAAAUCGGGGGCUGUACCCCAGAACACCCACCAAACGAUGGAAGCGGGCACCAGCCUCAACAAGUCCUUUUGGGAAACAGAAGGGCAUCAGCCACUUCUUCUCUGUGAAAGGAGUCCUCAGUUCCAGUCCACGCAAAUCCUCCCAGCCCUGCACCUCCACAUCUCCCAAUGAAGGGCCAAGUGUGGUUAAAGAAGAAGAAGAAGAAGACGAGGAUGAUGAUGUCAGUCUCUUAGCUGUCCCACUGGCACCAGAGUCUAAGUUAAAGAACGAGGAAGAGAUUGAUGACGACAGUCUGUUCGCUGCUGUGGUGAUGCCGGAGCCUGAGGAUGAGGAGGAGAUUGACGAUAUCAGCCUGUUAGCAGGUUCAAUGGUGUCAGACCCUAACCCAAAGGAGGAGGAUUAUCUGGAAGGAAUGACAGCGGAGAUGUUUGGGGACGAUGACGAAUUUGAGCAGAGUGACACUCACUACGAAGAAGACGAAGUGGAGGCCCUUCCUGAUGCCCAUUAUGGCCUCCUGGGCAGCAGCGACGUCUUGCAGCAACCUCAGGGCUGCAUGGAUGACCUUCCAGAGGAGGUGCUGAGACAAAUACUGUGCCUCAUCCCUGCCCAGGACCUUUGCCGCACUGCCAGCCAGGUCUGCCAUCGCUGGAGGAACAUUGUCCAGGACCCCAAGUUCGUGCCCUUCAAGAAACAAUAUUACCGCUACAUGAUGAGAGAGAAGGAUACAGUGCAGGAGAUCAGCUCCAUCUUGAAGAACAGCGGCGUAACAGAUGAAGCAUCAUCACAACACAGCAUACGGAAGCUUGUUGUUUUAAUGGCUGAACACAAGGUUGGAGAACGAGUGAAGCCAGCAAACAUCCUCGAGUGUGUAAAGAAACAUCGACUUUUCCCUCAAGCUGAGGCCUCCAUCAGAUUACGUAUUCCUCAAAUUCCGAAGCUUAACCUUGGCAUUGAGGGUCCUAACCCGUACGCAGCCAUGGCCGUCAUCUUGAUCCUGAGCGAGAGUGUUGGUGAUGUGCAGGCCUUAGUGUCUCUGCUCUCCGGCUGCAUGUCUCACACAGCCAUCACAGAGUACCUCAGCCACAUGGCCAUGAUGUUACUCGCUGUAGAGAGGACCAACAUCCAGAUUAGCAACAGGUUACAUUACAACAUCUACUACGUACUCCACCUGAUGCAGAACGGUCCCUUUUCUGUCAGCUCUGGUCAGAGCGGGCAGCCCCAGGUUCGCCUCACAUGUGAGCAGCAGCAGGUCCUCGGCCACGACAUCCAGGUCGACCAUGUGGUGAAGAUAAUGGCGUUUGCAGGUACGGGGAAGACGACCACGCUGGUGAAGUACGCUGAGCAGCGGCCACACCUCCGCUUCCUCUAUGUGGCUUUCAACAACUCAGUUGCUUGUGAGGCCCGCCGCCGUUUCCCUAGCAACGUGGACUGCAAAACUGUCCACUCGUUGGCCUUUAGCGACAUUGGAAUCAGGUAUAAAAUCUGUAAGAAGCUGACCCCUAACCUGAAGCCAUUUACUGUCAGCUUUGUUCUGCCUAAAGGCCGCGGUGGCUUUGCCAACGCCAAAGUGGUAACCACAACUCUCAACACGUUCAUGGCCUCAGCAGACCAGACCAUUACCGCCAGCCACGUCCCCGACAAGCACACAAGUCGACGCGGCUCGGAGAAAUACAUAACUGAUGAUGAAAAAGUGUUGUUUGUCCGGGACGCACAGGUCAUCUGGAAUAAAAUGAAGGAGCUUCAAAAGACUUCACAACAAGCCUUUUACAUGACCCAUGACGGUUACCUUAAGCUGUGGCAGCUCCAAGACCCAAAGCCUUGCUUGUCUGACAUAUACGAUGCCAUUUUCAUCGAUGAGGCCCAGGACUGCACUCCAGCCGUCAUGGAUGUGCUGCUGUCUCAGCACUGUGGGAAAAUCCUGGUUGGAGAUCCUCAUCAGCAGAUCUACACAUUCAGAGGAGCUGUGAAUGCCUUGCACAUGGUCGAUCACACACACAUCUACUACCUGACACAGAGCUUUCGAUUUGGUGCAGAGAUCGCCUAUGUGGGUGCCACCAUCCUCAGAGUUUGCAAGGGAGUUAGAAAGAUUCUUGUUGGAGGGAUGCAGAAAGGUGGUGUGUGUGACGAGAAUGCAGACAGGAUUCUCGAGUCUGUGAGGACGGGUGCAAGUCACAGUCGAGGGAAGACAGCGAUCCUGUCGAGAUGCAACUUGGGUGUGUUUGCUGAAGCUGUCAGGCUGACUGAUGCCAACCCAAAUGUUCGGAUCCAUUUCAUAGGCGAUGUCAAAAACAUAGGCCUAGAUAGGAUCCUGGACAUCUGGCACCUGAUGCAGGAGGCACGGCAGGAUCUCCAGAAGCCAGACCGAAAACAAAGAGUCAUAAAGGAUCCCUUCAUCCAGAUCUUUGCGAAGUCGAAAGAGAAAGCCUUCUGGGCCCUGAAGGCGUACGUCACUCAGACGGAGGACAAUGAGCUGGAAGGAAAAGUCAGCAUUGUGGAAAAGUACAGAGAUCGCAUCCCAGAGCUGGUGAUGCGUCUGAAGACGUGUUACGAAAGUGACUAUCAGAAUGCAGACUUCAUGGUUGGAACUGUCCACAAGGCCAAAGGGCUGGAGUUUGACACGGUGAUGGUCACUGAUGACUUUGCCAAAGGUCCCUCCUCCAGGCACAUCCUGCCCCACAUGUCUUGCUUCUCAUUUGCUAGCAUUCCAGAUGACGAGUGGAACCUGAUGUACGUGGCGGUGACUCGAGCCAAAACCUCUCUGAUCCUCACUAAUAACAUCCGCCACAUCCUCAUGGUGGCUGGGGAAUACUUCCUGACGUCGGAGAUGCCCAGUCCCCAGCUGACGGCCGGCGAGCCUCUGCCCUGCUCCAUCGCUUACUGUCCCAACUGCAUCACGCCCGGCUCAGCGUUCGUCAUGCGUAAACAGCAGAUCAAAUGUAGCGAUGGUGUGUCUCCUGGGGGGCCGCUGUGCGAGAGGUGUGUGUGGACACGCAUCGGGCCGAUCGCCUUCCUCAUGACCGACGAUGUGCUCUCAAUGGCUGCAAUACAAAGAUUUGACCCAAUAUUCAACCAAGGGGUUUUCAUCGAGCCUGUCUAACAAGGCUCCUGUUGAAGGACCCACAGGGUUCAUGUCGUUUCUAUUGUUUUGGGAGUCGGGCGAUCCUACACUUCUUAAUCAGAGGACUGUACUAUGAAGCUAGUAUGACAUAGCCGGGCUUUGUUGUGUGCAGGUCGACAAGAAGUCGGUUCUCUUUAACUGUGUGUGUUCACAUAGAAAGAGGCUCUACAACAAUACAACACAUCUUGCUUCAUAGUACAGCCCUCUGGACAUCCCAGGAUUCAUGUUUGGUCACCUAGCAACACUAAAACCGAGUGCUUUUACUCUUCUAUUUUAAUAGACUGAUGUUGGCAGUGCAAUUAUUUUUUAUUGUUCGUGUGUAUAUUUUUAUAUAAGAAAUGCUUCCAGUCAUAUCGGUGUGAUUAAGGUUGAACUGGAGAACUUAGUGUGACUAUAUUACGGUUGUUUUUUUAAAAAGAAAAAAAAAUGCUGGUCAUUUACUUGACUUUUGCCUUUUGUUGGUUGUCUUGUCGUGAUUGGUUUGAGCACAACACUUUGCAUCCAGAUUCACACACUUUCUCAUCGUUUGAGAUGUUCUCAAAGUGUUCAUCGCAGAGAGUUGUAGUUCAAAUGAAAACUUGACCUUUCCAGACACACCGCUGGCCGUGGCCACUUCUGCACGUACACCUGUUGUGUGUAACCACCGUUGGUAAAAGACAAUAGCAGCCUUUGUUGUCGUCACGGUUGUGAUGUUAUCAUAUUCCACAAUGUCUCCCUGAAGCAAUCAUAAAAACUGUUGUCAGCUUUUAACGGUGAGAAACAUGAAACGUGACCAUCUCAGAGUACCAGGUGAUGAUAAAAAAAAGAUCAGCAGGUGUUCCCAUAUCAUGUCAUGUUAUUUUCCCACCAGAGAAAUCCAACGAUCCCAGCAGAUCUCUGUAUCGUGGUUAUAUUGUGCUGAUGUCAUUCUAAUGAGGAACUUACUUGUCACUGCAUUGUGAGUCUCCUCCAAACCAAGUCAAUCCCAAAAUUACAAAUAUGCCCAUAUUUAAAAAAAUACAAAAUCUAAGUAAAAUGUUGGAAACCAUUUUGCAUCUCAAGUGCUUUGUGGUGCAUGUUGUCAUACCUGCUGGUUAUGAAACUUUAAAUUAAAGACAUUUCUGUUGUAA